AUGAUCUUUGCCACAACCGCCGUCAUCUCCCUGCUCGCUACUCUCGGUGCGACCCAGUCACCCGCGCCACCCAACUAUGGUGUAUGGCGAGAUGUCAGCAUCACAUCCACAAGCGGCAACGUCAGUAGGGAAACAAGCCAGACGGUCACGGCUGAAUACACCCAUUUUAAUGCGACUGCGCCUAUCUUCGCAACAUGUCAGCUUUCACCCAUAAUCAGUGGCGAGGAUUUCGCCAGGACCGUAUGCCAUCCGUCUAGCUUCUCAUAUUCGCUGGAUACAUUUGAAGUCAAUGAGAACUACAAAGUUUUGAGUAUUUCUCUACACCAGAGAGUUACGGUGGGCGGCCAGAGUAUGAUGGUGACAGGGACGAGCGGGAGGUUUGAGCAGUCUUGUGGGGGAGGGGAGCGGGAGGUUUGCAUGGCUAAGAGAAAAUGCUUGGCGUUAGGUAUCAUUGCCCUCGUCGUACCCAUUGAGAUUGAGCAUAUGCCUGAAAAUUUGUUCAAAGACUCUUAUAUUCUGUCACGAAAUAAUCCAAACUACUAG